AUUUAACUAGAAUGCAAUAAUAAUAAUAAACAAACUAAUAGGAACUAAGAUAGAUUUUUUAGUUAUUUUCUUAAGAAGGAGGAGAUGAUAUUAAUAUAGCUCAAAUAAAUUAAUUAAUAAAAGACUUAGAAACUAUAAACAUGGAUUCUUAAACAUUAAAUGUGCCUUAUUAACCAGGAAGAAGAUUAGCGAAAAAAGUAAAUUCAAACGACAACCUAGAAGAUGCUCAAAAAGAUAGUUCUCCUAAAUCACCAACAUAUGUAUCUGUAACUGAACUAAAGUAAAAAAUUAUUUUUGACAUAGAUAUUUUCCUAAUAAUAAGACAACAAUGUAAUUUUAAGAUUUUUCGGAGCUGUUUAAUGAAUGCAUGUCAAAUAAAGAUUAACAUGACGAAUUAUUGGAAAGUGCAUUUGCUAUUUUUGAUUUCGAUAAAUCUGGUCAUAUAGAUUCAAAAAAAAUAAGAAAAGUAUUUUAAAAAUUCAAAGACAAUACAAGUGAAGAAGAGAUUUAAAGUAAUACUAAUAUUAAAUUUAGAUGUUCUAAAAUUUUGUGGAGUGUUACAUGAUUAAAUGUCUUUGUAGGAGUUUAAGGAAUUUUUUAAGAAAAAUUUAUGAUCAUAUAAAAUAUGAUAAAAAUUAUUCAAACUC